UAGUAAGCUAUUUAGCAUUUUUAUGGGACCUUAUCAACAUGGCUUCCUGCAGAGGACGCUUUCACCAGAAGUGAAGUUGUGACGUUCCAAAACAUGUCCAGGAAAAAGGAAGACAGACGAUGGUGCACCGUCUAUGUGGUGGACACGUAUCAAAGACUGAGGAUGGAUUCUAGUUGAGAAUACUUGAACUAAACAACAGACAUGGAGAAGUUUGGCAUGAGUUUUGGGGGUGGCCCCAGCAAAAAGGAACUGCUGGAAACCAUAGAAGGCCAGAAGAAGCAAUUGGUCCAGUACCAAACUCGCUUUAAAGAUGUUGUGAGGGCCUACAAGAGCCUCCUGAAGGAGAAAGAGGCCAUUGAGGCCAGCUUCAAGGUUCUAACAGUGUCCCAGGAAGUAGACCUGGGCCAACGCAGCGAUGACCUAUCCGUAGGCGGAGGGCUCACCGACGCCUCACCCAUGACCUCUGAUCUGGGGGAUGACCACUCCUCCCUGCACAGCGAGGACAGUCUUGACACGGCGGCGUCCGUGGACACAGCUGCCAGUGUGGCCAGUGGCAGCACCAAGGGAGACCCACUGGAGGAGGAGCAGCGGCAGCAGCGGUCCGGCUCUGCAGGAGACGUGACCGGCCUGGUGGUCCCCGCGGCCUCUGGCCAGGCCCAGGGCUCAGAGGAGGCAAACGGGUCGGAGAGUGGUGUCAGCAGCAGCAGCAGCGGUGGACAGGAGCAGCAGCAGCAGCAGCAACAACAACAACCGCAGCCACCGCUUGCCUCUGCGGAAGCGGACCGGCGACUACUGCAGCUCAAGGCCCAGCUGAAUACGCUGACCAGCUCACUGACCACUGUCAGCCAGGAGAAGUCCAGGAUGGAGGCCUCGUUCCAGGCGGACAAGCGCAAGAUGAAGCAUGACAUGGAGGAGCUGCAAAAGAUGCUAGAGGAGACCAAGAGACAACAGGAGGCUGAACUGUCUGCCUUGCAGGAGCAGCUUGCGGAGAGCAAGGCCCGUGUGAUCACGCAGCAGCACGAGCGCGAGCAGGAGCAGGGCGAUCAUGCGCACAUGCUCCGCGAGCUCCAGAAGCUUCUCCAGGAGGAACGCAGCCUGCGGCAGGACGCUGAGCUCAGGCUGGAGGAAUCCCGCGAGACCCUGGUGGAGACCAUGCAGGCGGCUGACCGCGGGAUGGACCUGGAGGCGCGUCUGAAGGAGGCCAUCCAGGAGCGCGAGGAGAUGCGGAGGAGCCUGCAGGCCGCCGAGACCGAGAGGGGCAAGCCUGACCCGCUGGUGGAGGAGCUCCAGAGGGACAUGGCCCAGCUCAAGGUCCACUUCCAACAGCAGCUACAGCAGGAGAUUAGAAAGGCCACCCAGGCGGAGGAGCGUCUGCAGGACCAGUCCCGUCUGGAGGAGGGCCGUGUGGCCAGUCUGGAGGAGCGUGUCUCCGAGCUGUCGGAGCUACUGGGCGCGUGCGAGCGCGCCCGCCAGAAGGACCAGCAGACGGCCCAGCGGCUGCGGGAGCGCGUGCUCCAGCUGGACAUGGAGAACAAGACGCUGGCCAUCGCCGCCACAACGUCCUCGGGACGCGGCUCGGACUUCCUCCACACGCUCAACGUGGACGAGGCGAAUCUAGACGUGAGCGUGUUAAAGGAGAAGCUGGAGGUGGUCAAGAAGCUGCUCAAGAUGGCGGCACACAGGAGCUUGCAGCCGAUGGAGAUCGAGAAGCUCGGAGAAGAGGGACAGAGAGAGGAAGAGGAGGAGGAAGAGGAGGUGGUGGGCAGGACGAAGGUGGAGGAGUCGGACGCGGAGAGGAGGUCGGCGCUGUUCUACCAGCAGGAGCUGAAGCAGGUGAAAGAGGAGUUUGAGCGCUACAAAAUGCGGGCGCAGGUGGUGCUCAAGAACAAGAACGCUAAAGACGGCAGCCAGGCGAAGGAGCUGGAGGACGCGCGCGACCAACUGGCCGAGCUCAAGGAAAAGUACAUCAACCUGCGCAUCCACUCCGACGAGGCCGAGGCGCGUCACCGGCGCGCGCUGGAGGAGCGCCACCAGGGGGCGCUGUCCACGCAGCAGGCCCACAAGCAGGAGCUGGAGCGCCAGGAGGCGCAGCACCGCGACAGCCUGCUGCGGCUGGAGGCCGAGAUGCACAAGCAGCGUGACCGGACGAUGGCGCUGCUCGCCGAGAAGGACCAGGAGCUGGAGCGGCUGCGGGGAGCCGUCGCCACCGCCAACGUCCUCGGCUUCGCCGGUCCCCGUGGCAACAACAACAGCGGCAGCGGAGGAGGAGGAGGAGGAGGCAGAGCGAACAGCAGUGACAGCGAUGGGACAUCCGAGACGGGAGGAGGAGGAGCGGGGUUGGGGUUGAGCUCGGCCGGUGUGUCGCUGGGGGACGACGUGGAGCUGGACAGCCAGGCGCAGGAGGAGAGCGACUUCAUCACGCAGGCGCUACGGCUGGCCGGCCCCAACGAGCCCACGCUGCUGCUCUACGCUGAGCAACUGGCCCGCAAGGAGGUGGAGAACGGCGCCCUCCGCAGGCAGAAGCGACGCCUCGAGGAGGACGUGCACCAGCUGCAGGGCAAGCUCAUCGCCAACGGUGAGCGGCACGACGAGGAGGUGGCCGAGCUCCGCACGGAGCUGGACAAGCGCGUCCGUGACCAGGGCAGAGACGGCGCCAACCUGGAGUACCUGAAGAACAUCAUCUACAAGUACCUGACCCUCCAGGACACCAGGGGGCGCCAGCAGACCCUGACGGCCAUCCUCGCCAUCCUGCACUUCAGUCCCCAGGAGAAGCAGGCCGUCAUCAAGCAGCAGGCCCAGGGCUGGUGGACGCCUGGGAAGAGGUAAUAGGAGCGUGGGAACGUUUUUAGAUUCCGGUCAAGAACUACAGCUCCAUAAGCUAUCAUUUAUUGUCAUCGAAACAACAGUGGAUCCUUUGGAAUAAUCAAAACAACAUCUGUUUUCUUUGUCUUGCACCUUGUUGAACUAUACGGUCCAUUGUUGUACAGGGCAAUCGACUGUGAAAUGGAUAACCAGUUUGGCAAGUUGUUGAAAAUGUGUAAUGUCACCCAACCUACCACCCACACUAAUGAGUUAAGUGUGAACAGUUCAAAGUAUUGAAUACCAUUUGGCCUUAAGAAAUGAAUGAGAGAGUUAUUUCUGGACACUUCUAUUUAUGCGUAUGGGCAUAGAGUGAGUCCAAGCCAUUUGCUCUUUAAGUUAACGGGCAGUCCAGUCCACAUUGUCAUCCGAUAACAGUGUCCACAAAACUGCCUGGUUUAAUUGAAGUCUUCAUCCGGCUUGUCAUGUAAGGACAACAGAAACUACAUAAAUGCAAAAGCCACUCUUCUUCCUCACUGUGUUAUGUUGGUAAUAAUAUGCCGGCUUGCGAGGUGUGGAGAAAAGCUUCAUAACUUUCCACUUGUACAUAGUUGUACUCUAAUCACUUUGUGUGGAAUGAAUGAAGAGUUAACUGUAAUCAAGCCUGUCAACCUCCAAAGCAGUCUUUUAUAGAGAAUUUAUUAGACUGAUAUAUUGGUACUAAGUGUAUAUUUUGACUCCACUACAACAUGAAAUAAACUAUAUUUUCCUCA